AAAAUGAUCAAACUCAUCAAAGCAUUGCAAAUAAUUUUCUCUAGGGUAGUAAAAAAACGCUAUUUGUAAGAAGUGAUAAUUUGUAUUUGUGUUCUACGUUACUACGUACGUAGCGGUCUUUUAAGCUGCCCUGUUUUUCUAUGUUCGGAACAUACCAAGAACGUGUGUAAGAAUCAGCCUUUGGACUCAGGUGCAAAGUACAGUGCUUUUCUGGUGACGAGAUGACAGUUAUUUCGGACUUUAUUGUCGGGCGCUUGUGAGCUUUGGUACUGGCGUCGAAUAGUUGAAAAAAGGCGACUGCUGUAGUGCUUGGCAAUCUGUUCUGGACGAUAAACGAUGGCCGAAGCCCACUUGGCCGUCGCAUUCCAGUUCAACGUCACCCAUGAAGGGGUUCGGGUGGACUACGAUCAAGAUCUGGUGCGGGAAAUCCUGCAUACGUACGGAAGGUCUUGGCGCUACCGUUUGGUCCGAUUUCUGAACAACAUUAAGAAUGUCGUUUUCCCAUUUACGCUGUCUUCGGCCACCGCGGUGAUUGUUCUGACGUCAGCUCUCGCGGUAACCGAUCCGUCAAGCUACCUGCAGCAGCUGGGUUUCGGGAAAGUCAAUUUCCAUUUUGACCCAACUUUCGGAUAUGCUCAAAAGCUGGCAACUUUGACACCGUGGAAACUCUUUGGGCCCAGCAAAUCUGUAAUUAUUAGCGCAGUAACCAUUUCGACUGCUGAAUGGGUUAUCAUCAUUUUUGCUAUACGAUGGAUGACACAACUGUUGUUAAGCUAUCGCGGUGCUCUCUUCGAACGGCGCGGACGAUAUUCCUUAAAGACGAAAUUGUGGUUUAUCCUGAUGAAACUACUGCAAGGGAAGCGGAAACCAUUGCUGUACAGUUAUCAAGGGAUGAUGCCCAUUUUGCCGCUUCCAUCUUUAAAAGAGACGAUGACACGGUAUUUGCGAUCCGUGCGACCUUUGUUGGACGAUGCCAACUAUGAACGGAUGGAAAAGCUCGCGAAGGAAUUCCAGAAUGGAGUCGGGCGCAAAUUUCAGCGCUAUCUGUUUUUGAAGUGGAUGGUUUCGACCAAUUAUGUCUCCGACUGGUGGGAACAAUAUGUGUACCUGCGAAAUCGAUCGGCGUUAAUGAUCAACAGCAAUUUCUACGCAAUGGAUUCUCUGCACAUGCCCCCAACUACCAGGCAAGCUUCCAGGGCUGCAAACCUAAUUUACAACUUCUUGACAUUCAGGAGAAUGCUUGUAAAGCAGGAUGUCAAUCCGCUACUGCUUGAUGGAACGAUUCCGUUGUGCUCCUGGCAGUACAUGAGAUCUUUCGACACUUGCCGUAUUCCAGGAGUGGAAACUGAUAAGGUUGACCACUAUUACAACAGUACCCACGUUGUCGUGCUGCACAAAGGUCGUUUCUUUAAAGUAUACACUCAUGGAAAAGGAAGGUUGCUCAAUCCGAAAGAGUUGGAAAUGCAAAUCGAACGUGUAAUCCAUGAUACAUCUCCUGCACAACCUGGAGAACAACUAUUGUGUGCGAUGACCGCGGUUGACAGAGCGCCUUGGGCGCAGAAUCGUCGCGCAUUUUUUAAUCGUGGCGUAAACCGAGUGUCGUUGGAAACGAUCGAAAGAGCGGCAUUCUUUGUGGCAUUGGACGACGAAGAGCACCACUACGACAAGAUUGAUCCAUCCCACUUAGAUGCGUACUGUAAGUGGCUUUUGCACGGCAACGGGCACAAUCGAUGGUACGAUAAGUCCUUCAACCUGAUUGUUAUGAAGAACGCCAAAGCCGGUCUGAACGUGGAACACUCUUGGGCGGAUGCGCCAGUUAUUGGGCAUGCUUGGGAAUGGGUUAUCACGGAAGAUCUGGUCUUCCUGGGUUAUACUGCAGAUGGGCAUUGUAAAGGUUCCGUGGAGGUUUUUCCAACGCCACCACAGCGCUUGAGAUUUGAGUUGCCAGAUGAAUGUUUGAAGUUUAUCGAAGACAGCGCUUUAACUGCUAAGCUUGCGUGCGAUGACGUGGAUUUGAGGAUCUUGACAUUCAAUGAAUUCGGCAAAGGAUUUGUUAAAGGGUGCAAAGUGAGUCCGGAUGCAUUCGUACAAAUGGCACUGCAACUGGCAUAUUAUCGGGAUGCGGGGAAGUUCAAUCUAACCUAUGAAGCUUCCAUGACUCGUCUAUUCCGUGAAGGCCGGACGGAGACCGUGCGUCCAUGUACUGUGGAGUCGUGUGCCUUUGUGCGCGCCAUGUUGGACGAAAAGGCCACUAAUUUCGAGCGCCAAAGGCUGCUGCGUACUGCUUGUGACGUGCAUCAGCAAGGCUACCUGAAUGCUAUGUGUGGACGGGGCAUUGAUCGUCAUCUGUUUUGUUUGUACGUGGUGUCUAAAUAUCUGGAUAUCGACACGCCAUUCUUGAAAGAAAUCCUGAGCGAACCGUGGCGCUUAUCAACUAGCCAGACGCCUCAAACUCAAACCGGUAGAGUAGACGUAAACAAAUAUCCGGAUCAGGUGUCACCUGGCGGUGGAUUUGGUCCGGUUGCCGAUGAUGGAUAUGGCGUGUCGUAUAUUAUUUCUGGAGAAAAUUGUAUUUUCUUCCACAUUUCUUCUAAGGCAUCUUCACCUAAAACAGAUUCCGACCGUUUCCGGGGAAGAAUCCGACAAGCUAUGUUGGACAUGAGAUCCAUCUUCGACACGCCGACUAUUGUUAGCGAUGCCGGAAAAUGAGUCUGAUGCUGACUGCAAGUGUGUUGGUUUCGGCAAAACGAAUAGCUGUAUUAAUUUUGUUUGUUUCUUUGUUAUUAUUUAUUUUAAUGAGUUUGAAUUUCAGUUAACACCAGUACGUUUGUGGUAGCGGUUAUUGAUGUGCAUUGCACAUAAUGAGGUUCAUCUGUUCAUAAUGAUGAUUGGCGUACUUUUUGUGAAUGGUGCUGCUUUUAGAAGCCUUCACGAUAAUUUUCGUUUCAUUUUACUCUUCGCGGAAAUUCAAAGACGGUGUUGAUUACUCUUGAUUUUGAUUACUCUUGGUUAAUAAUCAGAUCGGCAUGACAGACAGAA